CCAUUGGCUGGAUGUGUUGCGUUGGGCGGAGCGAGGCGGAGGAGGGUCACGGCUAGGCUCCCAGAGUUCCGCUUGGGUCAACACGGGAGAGAAACAAGAUGGCGGCCUUGACAACCGGCUUUUACGCUGCAAGCAAAGGGGGAGCAGGGGACCCGACAGCUACGGUGGCAGCGGCGGCGGGAGGGGACGAGACGGACAGCGGCGGCAAAUGUAGCUUCCGCAGGAAGAGCCCCGCGCCUGGAAGCGGCGGCGGCGUUCGGUGGCGCUCCAUUGCGGGAACGCGACCGUCGGUGCGGAAUGGGCAGCUGCUAGUGUCUGCCGGUCUCCCGGCCCUGGACCAGCUCUUAGGUGGUGGCUUAGCUGUUGGAACACUGCUUCUAAUCGAGGAGGACAAAUAUAAUAUUUAUUCCAAUUUGCUCUUCAAGUAUUUCCUAGCUGAGGGAAUAGUCUGUGGGCAUACUUUGUUGCUUGCCUCUGCUAAAGAAGACCCUGACGACAUUUUACAGGAACUUCCUGAACCAUUACAUGAUGAUAAGUAUAAAAAAGAGCUUGAUGAAGUAAGUAGUCAUAAAUCACAAGGAGAGCUGGAUAUUUCCAUGAAGAUAGCCUGGCGUUAUCAAAACUUACCAAAAAUGGAGGAUGGCCCAGGAUCAUCUUCACGAUUUGGUCACUAUUACGAUGUAUCAAAAAGGAUGUCCCAAGAGAUGAUUCAUUCUGUAAAAUGUCACAGAUUCUUCCUUCCAGAAGAAAUUACUUCACUUCCUAAUGUAGAAUCAUGUGCCCUGACCCAUGGCUACACGAAGCUUCUUCACUCCAUCCAGAGAAUCAUAUCUGAGGAAGGGUUCAAUGGCUCCUGUCCCCAGAAAAAACAAAAAAACAUUUUAAGAAUUGGGAUUCAGAGUCUUGGCUCACCUUUGUGGGGAGAUGACAUCUGCUGUGCUGACACCCCUGAACAUCUGCAUAGUCUUACAAAAUUCCUAUAUGUUCUCCGUGGUCUUCUCAGAAUGUCUCUGUCAACCUGUAUCAUCACAGUGCCAUCACAUUUAAUUCAGAAUAAAGCAAUUACUGCACGUAUUAGAAACUUGUCGGAUACAGUAGUUGGUCUUGAGUCAUUUCUCGGUGGUGAGAAAGAAGCCAAUUCUCUAUAUAAGGAUUUCCAUGGUUUGAUUCACAUACACCAGAUUCCCCGGCUCAAUAGCCUGAUUGGCGAUGUGUCCGACAUGAAGGACCUUGCUUUCAAACUCCAAAGGAAGGUCUUCACCAUUGAGCAGGGUUACUAGAUCGAUCAGGAGCGUGCUUUUAUAUGUAAUUGCUGUAGAUUUCAGCAAAGCAGAAAGGCAGUGUGGAGCAACAGAUAGAGUAAGAGCUGUUCUUGAAACCAGGAUGAUCUAGGUUCAAGUUUCACUUCCAAGCCACAGAAGAUUGGUGAUCUUAGACAGGCAAGUCACUUAAGCCUUUCAGUGUUCUAGGCAACUCUCUGAAAAUAAAAUUUCAAAGAAGAUGUCAGUCACAUUUGUAGAAGGAGUUUCUUCAUCCAGGAAUUUACUAUGCCAGGGAAGUCCUUCUCCCUGGUCCCCCUGUAACAGUGCCUCUCAUGUUAUUGAUGUGGGGGGAAAGUGUAGAUGAGAUUGAAGUGUAGCAUAGUUUGGUGGACUCACAAUUGGUUCAAUGGUUGGUCCUAAAGAAUAUUCAUUAAAAACUCAAUGUCAUCUUUGAGGUUUCCAAUGGUUUGUCCUAGGACUCUGUCCUUGGUACUAUGUAGUUUGGCUUGAAUAAACACAUAGGUGUCAAACUUAUCAAAUUACAGAUUCACAGAAUUCCAGAAAUUUGCAGAUGACACAAAGCUGUAAGGGAUUAGCUAACACUCGAUGACAGGUUAGAAAAAGAUCUUGAUGCUCUAGAGCAGAGGUGUCAAAGGAGCUGCCUGAACCAGAUUAAAAUGUAAUUGGGAAGCAUUUAACAAAAUAAGUAUAAAUGCAUUAAAAUAUGGGUAAUGUUACCUUCUGAAAUGCCAUCAGUGUGCAAACCAUGCAAAUUAGUGACCCCCCUUUCUAUUUGAGUUUCAUACUCUAAAGCUAAAUAAAACAGAUCUAGUAAGGAUAAAUUAGGGUCUUUAGUGAGUUCAGAAAACUCAACUUCACAAAUAUAUGAUGGAAAACAUAUAAUCAGACUGAAAGUGAUUCUUGUAUUUUCUUGGAUCACAAACCCAGUAUGAUUCAGUACUGCAGUAAGGCAGCCAGGAGAAGCAAGAUACAUUAAAAGAAGUGUCUGUCCAGAAGUAAAGUGACCAAAGCUCUUCUGUACUCACUGCCCUGAUCAAGACCCAUGCAGAGAGAGCAUUGGGUUCAAUCUGGCCCUUCUGUUAGCGAAGGACUUAUUGAAAACUGGAAAAUUUUAAAGAAGGAUAACUAGGGUAGAGAAGGAAAAGGCUGAAGCUGAGCCUCCAGGAGCCUUGGUUUAAACUGCUAAUGUUUGGCCUGAAAAAUCAUGACUGACUGACAUAUUUGAUGGAAUUUCAUGUGGAAGAGGAAUUGGAUUUCUCUGCUUGUCCCAAAAAGGCAGACCCAUGAACAAUGAGUAGAAGUUAUAAAGAGGCAAAUCUAAGCUUGCUCUACAGAAACACUUCCCAACAAUUAGAUCCAUGUAAAAAAGAGCAUGGCUGUCUUGGGAGUGCAUUUCUCCUGCCUCAAUAGAAGCAAUAGAUGUUUUAGACAGGAUUAUUUUUUAGCUAUCCAAUCCAAACCUUUGCAAAUCUGAAAAUUUAUAUAGACAAAUUUUAAAUGGUUCUCUAUUGCCUUAUAGCAUAAAGUAGAAACUCUCAUUAUUUAAAGCUCCCUACAGUCUAAAUCUUACAACUCUUCUACUUACUUCAUUCCUCCUCUUAAUGCAUAGUAUGUUCAGGAUAAAUCUUACCAACUGUUCCCUCUGAGAACUCAAUCAAUACCUCCAGUCUUCAUGCCUACAGUUUGUCUCUCUUCCCUGCAAAGCAUUGCCUCCUCACUUCAAGUCUCAGUUUAAGGACUACAUCUUCUGUGAAACUUUUCCUGAUGCCCCCCAGUUUCUGAUACUUUUUCCCCCUCUCAGUUUACCUUUUUUUAUACUUAUACAUGUACUUGUUGUGUCCCCUUGUAAAUGUAAGGGCAAGCGGAAUUUGCCUCUUUGAGCCUGCCCAGCUGUCUACUCAUUUUUGUAUUUUUGUUUGUUUGUUUGUUUGUCUUUGUUUUUCCCGCAGAAAUGUAUGAGAUUCAGAAGUCAAGUUACCUGCUUGAAAGAUAAACCUUUUUAAAAAUGAUGUUCAUACAGAGUGUUAACAUUGGUGAUGCUUUAAUAAGUGACUAUUCAAAGCCAUAUCUAUUCAUUGUCUGUGAACUUUUGGCAUCCUUACCUGUUUCAGGGAAGGAAAAAUGAUUAAAUUAUUUUAGAAUAAUUUGCAUUAUAACUUAGGGGAAACAAGUUGGUUUGGGUAGUUGUCUAUGUGCAUAUAUGUAUAUGUGAAUGUUAUGUCUAUAUACACAUUGAUAUAAUACAUACAUAUGUAGGUAUGUAUGUAUGGAAUUCAGAAACAUUUCCCUUUUAGGGAAGGAGAAACUUCAUUGUAUGAUUCUUAAUGAAUGACAGAUUUAUGUAUUAAAAAUGAGAGAUUGUUCUAUUCUGUAAGAGCCCUAAUUGGGUGCCAUGAACAUCAAAGAGGGUGGCAAAGGUGAAACAUUGAUUCAGUCAGUGACACCCCACAAAAAGGUUGACAAGUUUCAAUCUGUUUACACAGUGCCAAAUAUCAAAUUUUGCUGAAUUUUUUAUUGAGUUUACCAGUUGACUAUUUUUAAGUUAGUUUUUUGUUGUAUUAUUAUGUAGACACUACUUGUAUUUCAGUAAACCAUAUUUCCAAAUGAAAGAUUAAUUCUGUUUAUAUUUCUUGAAUAUCUUCU